AAGUGAGCCCACUGUCGUUUCCGGUUUUGUCCUGAUUCGCCGUCGGCAUCGUCCGCCAUUUUAUUUAUUGACAUCGGCUGAGACUGGACAGAGAGUUUGUCCAGAACCGGUGAACUUCUCAGAGACGAGGAUAGACUGAAGAGACGUCGGCCAUGAUGAUGCGAGUGGCGGUGAUCGGUGCCGGCGCUGCAGGGCUCUGUGCAGCCAGACACAUCCUGGCUCGCCCCAAAGUCUUCGCCCGCCCGGUGGUCUUUGAGCUCAUUGACAGGGUGGGCGGCACCUGGUGUUAUGAAGAGGAAGUGGGCGUGUACGACAGCGGGCGCCCAGUCCACAGCAGCAUGUACAGAGACCUCAGGACCAACCUUCCUAAAGAGGUGAUGAUGUUUCCUGACUUCCCCUUUGACCCUGAGCUCAGCAGCUUCAUGUCUCACCAGGAAGUGCAGAAGUACCUGGAGAAGUACUGUCAGAGCCACAGCAUCGGUCCACACAUCAGAUUUAACACCGCAGUAGAAAAAGUCCAGCCUGUCACAGACCUGCAGGAGGGCGGGGCCACGGUGACGUCAUGGAGAGUGACAUCAUCACACGUGUCUGGUCUUCAGAAGACUGAAACCUUUGACGCAGUCUUUGUGUGUGCGGGACAUUAUUCAGACCCUCACAUCCCAGACAUCCCAGGAAUCCAGCACUUCAAAGGAACAGUGCUUCACAGUCAUUCGUACAAGUUCCCAGAAGCCUUUGCGGGUCAGUCCAUCGUAGUACUUGGAGCCAAGGCCUCAGGACUGGACAUUUCCAUGGAACUGGCUAAAGUGGGCUGUCAGGUGACGCUGAGUCAUCGUGGUCCUCGUCUCACCUUCCCUCUUCCUCCUGGGAUUAAUGAGUCCAGCACUAUGGUCUCCAUCCAGGAGGACGGCAGCGUCCUCUUCCAGGAUGGAUCCGUGGGCGUGGCCGACGUCCUGAUCUUCUGCACCGGCUACAACUUCAAGUACCCGUUCCUGGACUCGGCAGAACUGGGCGUGGACAUCCAGCAGCACGUGAUGUCACCCCUGUACCGGUACAUGAUGCCCCCCGCCUUCCCCUCGCUCUUCUUCAUUGGUGUCUGUAAACUCAUCUGCCCCUUCCCCAACUUCAACUGCCAGGUCCAGUUUGCUCUGGCCGUGUUGGACGGAACCGUACCUCUGCCGUCUCGGGUCCAGAUGGAGAAGGAGGUCCGACAGGAGGAGCAGGAGAAGCUGGACCAGGGAGUGGAGCAUCGCCACCUGAUGGUCAUUCAGCGACACCAGUGGGACUACUGUCAGAUGCUAGCUAGAGCUGCCGGCUUCCCACCGCUGCCUCCAGUGGUUCGCAGCCUGUACGAGGAGGUUUGGAGACAACGACGGAUUGAUCCGGAUGGAUACCGCCAACAUAACUACAGGCUGGUGAGCGCCACCCAGUGGGAAAUGAUUUAGGGUAAAUGGUCAGGUAGUGAUUAAGCAAACAGAUGUUAAGGUGUAGAGCUAGCAUUAGCCUGCCUUAAGCAUUAGCUCGUCUCAGAGACACUUUUACUGAUAAACUUGAAGAUUCUUGUUAGCAUGCUAAGAUUAGCACAACUAGCUUAUGCUAAAAUCACAUGAAGUUGUUCAUUGAUUUAUUGGUUAAAUGUGUGCACCUGCUCUGUGUGUUCUUGGUCAGCGGUACCUUAAAGGUUCAAAGGUCACUUCCACAGGAGCAGGGAUACUUUAGACCAGCUCCUUUAUGAACUGAUUAGAAUUCAGUUGAAAUCAUUAAACAGACUUAAAACUGAAUCUUUUCAACGAAUCGACUAAAAAUAAUAACAAUAAUAGUAAUAAAAAUGAGAAUUAUUAUUAUUUUAGAUUUUGUUUUCUUUUAAAAAAAUCAAAAAUAGUUUCAUGUUCUUAAAGUAGUCAGAGGUAGUACUGUCAGGUAACAGCUCCCUCUGCUGGACAACAGGGUAUUCAGUUUCUCCUGUCUGUUCGUCCAUCAGUUCCUGCUGGAACUUUUUAGGUUGAAGGUCACGUUGACCUUGGUUGGAGUUGUUGACAAACAACAUCAUCCAACAGUGCGUGUGUGUGUGUGUGUGUGUGUGUGUGUCGUCCAUUUGUUGGUGGGAAAACGACUUUCUUCAUAAACAGAACUAUUUUUUAUAGAACUGUUGUCUGUGAAAAACGUCCAGCUUUUGUGUUUCAUGGUUUUUGAAAUACCUGGAGUAUUUAGUACCAGAGAGUCAACUGAAGAACUGUUAGUCACCACUAGAGGGAGGUGUUAGGAAUCAUUCAAAUGAAAUAUUGUAAAGAAUAAAAGUACAGACUAAGAAUCAGUAAA